GGGCAGGUAUUCUCCACACCCCCCACCACAGGACGAAGCUGAUAAUUCCUUUUCUAUAAAUGAAAGUGAAAGGGAUUUAAAGCCAGUUUCACCAAGAAACACGAAUAAGAUUCUGGAAUAAUACAAAGGCAUUUGCAUUGCAAGAGACCUCGGCAAGAAUCAUCUGCUCUGGAUCAGCAACAAAAUGGAGGAACCUGCUUCGGAAAUGAGCCCCUCUGUGGAGCGUAAAACAAAGGGGACUGAGAGUGUCCUGAUGAAGAGAGCAGACUCCCCUGUACCCAGCUGUGUUUCCAUGAAGAGUGACUGGUCAAUGGAGCCCCCAAUUGCCUUCAGAGAGGGACCUUUUCCUACUGAUCAAAGAGACCAAAUGGAUGAAUGCAGAUCAGAUCUACAGGAUAAACCGGGUUUAUCAUCCAUAUUGAAGUCACUAGAGGAAAGUGCUGUGAGGUUCCUGAAGGAUGAGCUGAAGAAGAUCAUGAGAUACCUAGAUCAGAAUUACCCAGAAUUCUCUGAGCCUCAGCUGGAGGAGGACAAUGACCUGGAUAGUGAUGGUCAGAUGCAGAAGACCUGUGGUAGAGAGGGAGCUCUGAAGAUCACACUGUACAUCCUGAGGACCAUGGAGCAAAAUGAUCUCGCUGUCAGGCUGGAGAAGAGGCAUCUUUUGUCACAAUGUCAGCGCAGAAUAAAACUCAACUUGACGAAGAAAUUUGAGUGUGUAUUUGAAGGGAAAGCUAAGGAAGGACAGCCAACACUUCUCAGUGAGCUUUACACAGAACUCUACAUAACUGAAGGUGGGACUGGAGCAGUCAAUGAUGAACAUGAAGUGAGACAGAUUGAAACAGCAUCCAAGAAAAGGCGAACAGAAGAUACUACAGUCAAGUGCAAUGAUAUAUUUAAACCCUUAUGUGGGCGUGAGACACCUGUCAGAACUGUACUCACUAAAGGGGUGGCAGGUAUCGGGAAAACAGUCUCUGUGCAGAAAUUUAUUCUCGACUGGGCAGAAGGAAAAGCAAACCAGGAUGUUCACUUCAUAUUUGCUCUUCCUUUCCGGGACCUGAAUUUGAUUAAGGGUGAAUACAGUCUGAUUGAACUGCUUCACCGCUUUGUCCCAGAACUGAAAUCAUUUCAAUCCACUGAGCUGUUUAGGUACAAAGUCUUGUUCAUCUUUGAUGGUCUGGAUGAGUGUCGCCUUCCUCUGGAUUUUCAGAACAAUGAGAGCUGGUUUGAUGUAACAGAGAAAACGUCCCUGGAUGUGCUAUUGACUAACCUCAUUAAGGGGAAUCUGCUCCCAUCCGCUCUCCUCUGGAUAACCUCCCGGCCAGCAGCAGCCAAUCAGAUACCUCCUGAGUGUGUCCACCAGGUGACAGAGAUACGAGGUUUCAGCGAUGCCCAGAAGGAGGAGUAUUUCAGGAGGAGAUUUAGUGAUCAGAUCCUGGCCAGCAGGAUUAUCACACAUGUGAAAUCAUCAAGGAGCCUCUUCAUCAUGUGCCACAUACCUGUGUUCUGCUGGAUUUCAGCCACUGUGCUUAAGAGGUUUUUUAGUGAGACUGACAGGGGAGAAAUUCCAAGGACUCUGACUGAAAUGUACACACACUUCCUGAUCUUUCAGACAAGUUUAAAAAAUGACAAGUAUAUGAAAGACCAUGAAACUAAGCUUAAGGAAUACAGCAAGCAAUUCCUUUUGAAACUUGGUAAACUUGCUUUUGACAACCUGGAGAAAGGAAAUCUCAUAUUUUAUGUGCAAGAUCUGACAGAGAAUGGCAUUGAUGUCGCUGAAACUUCAGUUUACUCUGGAGUGUGCACAGAAAUCUUUAAAGAGGAGUAUGGGUUGUACCAGGAGAAGGUGUACUGCUUUGUGCAUCUGAGCAUCCAGGAGUAUCUCGCUGCUUUAUAUGUGUUUCUGUCAAACUCAUCAGCUGACCUGCUGAAUACUGCUGUGGAUCAGGCAUUAAAGAGCAAGAAUGGACACUUGGACCUCUACCUCCGCUUCCUUCUGGGCCUCUCAACAAACUCCAGUAAGACUCUGUUACAAAGGCUACUGGGGCCGACAAAAACCAGCUCACGUAACAUUAAGAAAGUAACAAAAUACAUUAAGAAGAAAAUAAAGAAUAAUUUAUUUCCUGAAAGGACCAUAAACCUGUUCCAGUGUCUGAAUGAACUGGGUGACAAUUCUCUAGUAGAGGAAGUACAAAGAUACCUGAAUUCAGGAAACAUUUCAGCAGAUGGCCUCUCACCUGCACAGUACUCAGCUCUGGCCUUUGUGAUGCUGAUGUCAGAUGAGGAGCUGGAUGUGUUUGACCUGAAGAAAUACAUCAGAUCGGAUAAACAGCACUGCAGGCUGCUGCCUUUGGUCAAGAACUCCAGGACGGCUCUGCUGAACAGCUGUGAUCUCAUAGAUAAACACUGUGAAGUGCUGUCUUCAGCUCUAAGAUCAAACUCUUCCCCCCUGAGAGAGCUGGACCUGAGUUACAAUAACCUGAAGGAUUCAGGAGUGAAGCUGCUCUCUACUGCACUGGGGGAUUUACACUGUAAACUGGAGAUAUUGAGGCUGUCAGGCUGUAGAGUCACAGAAGAAGGCUGUUCUUCCCUGGCUUCAGCUCUAAGGUUAAACCCCUCACACCUGAGAGAGCUGGAUCUGAGCUACAAUCACCCAGGAGACUCAGGAGUGAAGCUGCUCUCUGCUCUACUGGAGGAUCUUAGCUGUAAACUGGAGAAGCUGCAGGUGGGCUGGUGUGAACUCACAGAGAAAUGCUGUGAGGCACUGGCUUCAGCUCUCAGAUCAAACUCCUCACCCCUGAGAGAGCUGGACCUGAGUGACAAUGACCUGCAAGACUCAGGAGUGAAGCUCCUCUCUGCUGGACUGGGGGACUUACACUGUAAACUGGAGAUACUGAGACUGUCAGGCUGUAGAGUCACAGAAGAAGGCUGUUCUUCCCUGGCUUCAGCUCUGAGGUCAAACCCCUCACACCUGAGAGAGCUGGACCUGAGCUACAAUCACCCAGGAGACUCAGGAGUGAAGCUGCUCUCUGCUGUACUGGAGGAUCCCAGCUAUAAACUGGAGAAGCUGAAGCUGUCAGGCUGUAGAGUCACAGAAGAAGGCUGUUCUUCCCUGGCUUCAGCUCUGAGGUCAAACCCCUCACACCUGAGAGAGCUGGACCUGAGCUACAAUCACCCAGGAGACUCAGGAGUGAAGCUGCUCUCUGCUGUACUGGAGGAUCCCAGCUGUAAACUGGAGAAGCUGAAGGUGGGCCGGUGUGAACUCACAGAGAAAUGCUGUGAGGCACUGGCUUCAGCUCUCAGAUCAAACUCCUCACCCCUGAGAGAGCUGGACCUGAGUGACAAUGACCUGCAGGACUCAGGAGUGAAGCUGCUCUCUGCUGGACUGGGGGACUUACACUGCAACCUGGAGAUACUGAGGUAUGACUGGGUAUUCCACACUGUAAACUGGGGGUAGUGAGGUGAGUAUUACUGGGUAUUUCACACUGUACGCUGGAAAUACUACGGUAGAAAAUAACUAAUGAUUUCAAAAUAAAGCAGGAGUAUCUAAGUCUAGGGGUUGACUUAAAAAAUAACAUUAGAUUCGCUACAGUAAGUGGAAUGUCGAAAGUAAGACUGCAUUGGAGGUUAAGGAUGACAUUAAAAGUUUCUUCCAAUAUUUUAACUCCAAAAGAGCUCUAAAAGCUGAAAUCACUCAUCUGCAGGAUAGUAAGGGCCUUAUAAUUGAAAAUGAAAAUUGAUAUAGUAAAUGAGUUUAAUGAUUAUUUUACACGGGUGUUCACAGUAGAGGACAUGAUUAACUUACCACCAUUUAGUACAAAUACAGUGUCCUAUAUAAACAAUAUACAGUCCCUCCACAAUUAUUGGCCCCCUUGUAAAGAUUUGUAAAAAGGGUUAGACAAAAAUCCACCUUUUGGCGAAGCAGCUUCAUCUCACACUGAAAAAAAAUGAGAAAAAUCCAACCUUUCAUUGAAAUAAAUUUAUUCAAAGAAAAACAAAUCCUUCAUCAAGAAAUAAUUAUUAUCAACAAAAACACACGAUUAUUGGCAGCCCUGCUUUUAAUACUCUGUACAGCCUCCCUUUGCCAGUAUAACAGCACUGAGUCUCCUAUGACAUUUUAUAAGGUUGGAGAAUACAGGGCAGGGCAUCUGAGACCAUUCCUCUUUACAGAAUCUCCCCAGAUCACCCAGGGUCCUCGGCCCUCUCUUGUGCACUCUCCUCUUCAGCUCAGCCCACAGGUUUUCAGUGGGGUCAGGGGACUGAGAUGGCCAUGGCAGAAGCUUGAUUCUGUGGUCAGCUGACCAUUUUAAUGUUUAUUUGGACAUGUGCUUAGGAUCACCGUCCUGCUGGAAGAUCCAAUGAAGCCCCAAUUUUUGUUUCCUGGCAGCAGCAGCCAAAU